AUGGCGUGGAGAGGUAACUUGGAUAGGCUUGCUACUAGAGAUAAUUUGAGAAGAAGGAAUGUGGAUAUUACUUCGGUCAUGUGCCAUUUCUGUGAUGAGUACGAGGAAACGGUGGAUCAUUUAUUAACUGCAUGUUCGGUGGCUAUUAGGGUGUGGGAGACUGUUAGUGCGUGGUGCAACAUUCCUCCGAUCUUCGCUUUCGAGUUCAAAGAUUUAAUGGAUUCUCAUAACUCUAUACAGGUUGGGAAGAAAGCGAAAAAGAUUAUCCUGUGGCUGGCUAUAAUUUCGUGUUGGUAUAUUUGGAAAGGUAGGAACGAGUUGGUCUUCAAUCAGAUGAGGAGAAGUCCGCAAGAAAUUAUGGUAGAGAUUAAGUUGAGAGGUUUUGGGUGGGUUAAAAAUAGACCAUCAUGUAAAUAUAUUAGUUGGAAGGAUUGGUGUAAAUAUCCUAUGUAUAUGUUGUAA